AGUCAUCGGCAUUCGGCAUUUAGGCACAGAGGUGAGCGGAGGCUUGGUUAGUCGUAUGGGCAUGAGACUGUGAAGAUGUUUUUAAACCGUUUAUCCCUUCCUGAAGAUUUUUUCCUUCUGCGAAGCCUUCACUCAAAGUGAUGUCAAACUGCUUUGUCAGGAAUACGUGUUUUCUGCUAUAGAUCUGAUGCAACAACAUGGCAACUUCACACGUGAAUCGCUAUUUUAUAAAGACAAUGACAAGAUGUAUUCGGGACAGCAGUCAUCAAUCACAUUUCAUGACUGUAAGGACUGUAGGACACUUUUCUAAAUCCUCUUCGGAAAAGCACAAUGACGUAGAAGGACCUGUUAACGGGCAGCCGAGUGUGGUGUCACAGCGGGCUUCAGGAGGCAGCGGUCACGCCGCUCGUAUGGCAGUCGCUUUCGGUCUGGGACUCGGAGCAGCAACAGCCUUGUAUGCUUUAAGAGAUGUGGAUGAUAAAGAAGAUGCGCUACAGAGGACAGUGGCAGUCAGACAUUUACUGAUCGACAGCCUGCUUCCUACUGUCCAGUGUGCCGCCCCUUUCAAACCCGACAGCCCGCGGUACAAAUACAAUUUUAUUGCGGAUGUGGUGGAGAAGUCAACUUCUGCUGUAGUGUACAUUGAGAUCGUGGGCAGACACCCUUUCUGCAGUCGUGAGGUGCCCGUAUCAAAUGGUUCUGGCUUCAUCAUAAGUAGUGAUGGCUUAAUAGUGACCAAUGCCCAUGUGGUUGCCAACAAGCGUGGAGUCCGUGUUAAACUGACCAAUGGAGAGACUUACAACGCCAUAGUCCUGGAUGUAGACCAGGUUGCAGACAUUGCAACUAUCAAAAUCAAUGUAAAGCAUCCUCUCCCAACCCUACGUCUUGGCCAGUCGUCUGAUGUUCGUCAGGGUGAGUUUGUGGUUGCCAUGGGGAACCCUUUUUCUCUAAAAAACACCAUCACUUCUGGAAUAGUCAGCUCCGUCCAGAGAGGCAGUAAAGAGCUGGGCCUGUCUAACUCCAACAUGGACUACAUCCAGACUGAUGCUGCUAUAGAUUUUGGAAAUUCAGGAGGUCCUCUUAUUAACCUGGAUGGUGAAGUCAUCGGCAUUAAUACUAUGAAAGUGACUGCUGGGAUUUCCUUCGCUAUUCCCUCAGAUAGAGUUCGUCUCUUCCUUGAUCGUGCAGGAGAAAAACAGAAAUCCUGGUCUGGAGAAUCAGGAUCAAAACGGCGCUACAUUGGAGUGAUGAUGUUGACUCUCACCCCCAGCAUAAUCGAAGAGUUGAAGAUGCGUGACAUGAACUUUCCAGAUGUAACACAUGGAGUUCUCAUCCACCGUGUGAUUAUAGGGUCUCCGGCCAAUAGGGCUGGAAUGAAACCAGGGGAUGUUAUCAUUGAAAUAAAUGGGUCAAAGGUGAACACCUCAGAGGAGAUCUAUAAUGCUGUGAGGUCAAGUGAGAGCUUAAACGUGGUGGUCUGCAGAGCUAAUGACCUACUAAUGCUGCACAUGACCCCUGAAAACACAGAGUGACAUCAGCAUGAAGAAGCUUUACACACUAGACAAUAGAAAGACAAAUGAAUCAGCUGACAUUAAAUGGUGAAUUGAAGAAAAAUGAGGAGAUUUGACCAGAAAUUACAGAUGUUUUAAGUAGGUAAAAAGGUAGAUCAGUUGACUGUUUGUCUAGUCUGUUUUACUAAGCCUUGCGUUGACGUAGUGUGGAUGAAACUUUUUUGUGAGUGUGCAUUUUGUACACAUUUUUGGAAGUGUAUGUAUGCGUGUGGAUCAUUGUGAGCCUGUCAGCUUGCUGCGUUACACUGAAUUAAAGUCAGUGUCCAAAUAUCAGUAUUGUUUUGAAAGAAAAUCAAAUAAAUACCACUAAAAAUGUGAGCCUGUGUUUGGGAAACACAGUUUCACACAACACCAGUGAGCUUUCAUCUCUAUAAUAAAAGAAGGUGCACUUAUUGCUACAACGCAUAUGUUUUGUAUUGAAUCUUACUUAUGAAGUUUGUAUUUUAAUGCAUUUGACAU